AUGAAUAUAGAAAGUUAUCAUGAUUUACAAAAAUUACCGGCAAAUGUGAUACAUUAUAUACAAAUUAUUGGUUUAUUAGAGGAAAUAGAAUUUGAUGGUAAAUCUUAUUUAAUUGGUAUUACACAGAAAGCACCGGGUGAAAGGUUAUAUUAUAUUAAAUUACUUCAUAAAGAUCAUCAAAGAAAAUAUUUAUACAUACUUCUAAAAUGGAUAUUAUUUACUAUUAAACAACAGUCAAACGACCCAUUACAACCAUUUUCUAUUACCAAUAUCAGUCAAGGUAAUCCAAUCUUUCUAGAAUGCCAAUGCAAAUACGUAUCUAAAUUAAAUGGUGAUAGUGGUAUUUUUCUAUCUGAUAUGACUCCAUUAGAUUAUGAUCCAUCAAAUGAUGCUAUGAAAAAUAUUAUGACCCGUCAUCGUUCUAUAUCAUCAAUUGAUUCAAUUGGAACCGUUAUUAGCCAAUAUUCUGAGGGGACAGUUCCCAACAUAAUGACUACAACUGCUAUGACACUAGCAGAUGAUACAAAUCCGUUAUUUAAUUUGAAAAGGAUAUCCGAUUCUCAAGAUGAUUAUAAUUCUCAAAGAUUCCUGCCUGUUAUCAAUAAAAGAAUCAAAUACCAACCUAUAUCCUCUAUUGAGAGUCAACGAGAAGAAGAAGAAGAAGAAGAAGAUGAUGAUGAUGAUGAAUUUUUUAAGGAUAUGCAGAAUUCGAAGAUAAGUCAUAAAUAUAUUAAAAAUAUUGAUCAAUUAAGGGCAUUCAAUGAGCUUGGAACUGAGUUCCAAUACAUUGGGUAUAUAAUUGGUUAUGUGAAGGUUUCUCCAGAUUGGUACCGUUACAAUACGAUUUUAAUAGGUCAAAAACAUGAUAUUGCCUCAGGAGAAGGUUUUAUUGAAGUUUAUGGACAAAAUAGCUUGAAAAUUGGUGAAUAUGAGUUUAGUUGUAAAACCUGGCAAAGAAAGCAUGAUCUUGAAAUGAUAGAAUAUUUGAUUAUUCGUUGCAAUUCAAUAUCAGCUAGCACUUCCAAUCCUAGUAAUUUAGAUGAAGAUGAAACAAAUAAUGAUAAUUCCGUGUCGAAAUUUAAUGACCAAUUAAUAAUGUUUAAAGAAUUGACAUUGCAACAUAAAAAUGAACAAUUUGUCAGGAUUGUUGGACUCUGUGUCUCUAUUACAAAUGAGAACCCAAAGUUUGUAUCAUUGUGUCUUACAGACUUUACGAUAAAUGAGAAGGAAGGACUUAAGUAUUUGUUUGAUAGAUAUAUUGAUUCCUGGGAGUGUUACAAAUUAAAAUUAAACGAAGGUUAUAGGGUAAUAAUGUAUCCGAAUUUCUUCAAAGAAUUCGAUAAAGACAUACAAGGGGAGUAUAAGGGUAAAUCCAUAUUUGACUUAACUUCUGGAAUGACAGGGAAUAUAUCACACCAACGGAUCGUUGUUGAAUUGACAUUAAGAGUUACACGCUAUGGAGAUAUAUUAAAUUUCGUUGUACGGGGACAUAAGAUACUUUCAUGCAGUGGUUCUAGUAUUACCAGAAAGCCUAGAAGUUUAAAUGAAGAUCUGAUGGCCAGAACAGCACGUAUCUUAACAAUAUGUAAAGAGAUAAAGCAUGAAUAUUUUGCAAGGGAUCAAGGAACUGUUUUUAAGUCUAAUCCAAUAAACUCAGAUGAAUACAUUAUGAAAACCGAGUCAUUCAAAGUUACAAAAGUGAUAGACAUAUUAUUAACAUACGGGGGUAAAGAAUUUGGUUGUGAACAAGAUAAGAGAAUAGAGAUUUUAUGUCAAGGUGAAUUAUUGGAUUCAAAAUCUAAACAGAAUAAAAAAUUGACAAGGAUAAUUAUUAACACACCAGAUUUAUUUUUUUUGGGUAGUGAAAAUGAUGUUAGUAAUAUUGAUGAUGGUGAUUGGGAUGAUAGUAAAGAUAUCCAAAGAAGAUCUAUAUUAACAGAGACUAUCACUAAAUUAAGAAAUAGACCAAGUGUGAAUGAAGUGACGAUAACGGACCUGGCAGUGGCACUACCACAUGUGCUACACCUCCCUGUCAUCACUCGUGAGGCCCGUGAUUUAGUGUUGCAACAGUUGUUGUAG